CUUUACGUCCGUAAUGUUGCCUACACGAGCUUGUUCCGUCAUACGAAACUUCCUUCGUGAUAUAGUCGGAGUGUAGAGUGAGUCGUUACAAGAACGAGGAAAAAUAUAAAAGCUGACAGCAAUACAACAAGUUUGUUUUUAUGUAACAGUCGUAUCGUUUGAAUACAUUUAUUACCGAUUAACUAAAACAAUGCAUGGGACUGGGACAGGCAGUUCAGAUCCGAGAAGACCUGAUAAAGAACAUCGGUAUAAAUCAUCACCAAAUACUCAGGGAGCUCCAGAUGACUUAAUACCAGAUUAUAUGAAUAUCUUAGGCAUGAUAUUCAGCAUGUGUGGUCUGAUGAUGAGACUUAAAUGGUGUGCUUGGGUAUCGUUGUAUUGUUCCUUCAUCAGCUUUGCCAACUCACGAGCAAAUGAUGACACAAAACAAAUUCUUAGUAGUUUUAUGUUGUCUAUUUCAGCAGUGGUAAUGUCCUAUUUACAAAACCCACAACCUAUGAGUCCACCAUGGUCACCAGUUUUUGUGUAAUAUAUUUAAAAUGUUCUGAAAAUUGUAAUAAAACAAUGUUUAAUAAAGUUUCCUUCAAAUUA